AGAGAGAGAUUAUAAUUUUAAGGUUUUAACAUUUUUAUUUCUGACUUUAUGACAAAUGAAGCGGUCAAGGUCAACGGAUACACAUGCAAGGACUCGACACAAGUAACACCCGAACACUUUUACUUUCAAGGCUUAGCCACCGCCGCAGCUGCCUCAAACACAAGCACCGGGGCCGUUGUAACCGGAGCCACCGUGGAGAAGUUACCAGGACUCAACACUCUCGGUCUCUCCAUGUCACGCAUUGACUACGCACCAAACGGCCUUAACCCACCGCACAUUCACCCACGUGCUUCCGAGAUCAUCUUUGUCCUAGAGGGUCAGCUCUACGUCGGCUUCGUAACAACCGCUGGAAAACUCGUGGCCAAGUACAUCAACAAAGGAGAUGUUUUCGUUUUCCCCAAAGGACUUCUCCAUUUUCAGAAGAACAUUGCUAAGUCGGCCCCUGCCUCUGUAAUAGCAGCUUUUGAUAGCCAGUUGCCUGGAACACAGUCACUAGUGUCCUCUCUCUUUGGAGCUCUUCCUGAAGACAUUCUUGUUAAGUCAUUCCAGUUCAAACCAAAACAAGUUAAGAGGAUCAAGUCCAGAUACCAACCCAAGAAAUGAAAAAACUAUUUUUUUUUUCUUUUUUUUUGUGGUGAUAAUGUAUUGUAAUAAAAAUCUUUUUAUAUGAACUUGACCAAUUCAUUAGUCUUCACAGACCCUUGGAGAUUAAGAACACCAGAUAAUAAGUAAAGAACUCUCUCUGAUCUUACUGAAAUCUCAACGUUUACAGAAAC